UUAAAAGCGCUGUUUCAAGACCGUUUCCAGCAGAGUCCAUUGUGUGAUCGCAGGCUUCAAGAUGACAGCUCGGCUUUACUCGUUGCUCGCUCUUUUAUUGUGCCCCUGUGUAUGCUGGAUGGAUAAACCAAAGCCAGGAGUGUGUCCGAAACUCCCUCCAGGAACGGUAGGACCGUGUGUCGAGUCGUGUUCCUUUGACAGUGACUGUCCGAAUGAUCAGAAAUGCUGCAGGAAUGGAUGUGGUGGACAUGCGUGUACAGCUCCAUUUAAAGAUGAACCAAAGCCAGGAGUGUGUCCCAAACUCCCUCCAGGAACGGUAGGAGCGUGUGUCGAGUCGUGUUCCUCUGACAGUGACUGUCCGAAUGAUGAGAAAUGCUGCAGUAAUGGAUGUGGACAUAUGUGUACACCGCCAUUUACAGAUAAACCAAAGCCAGGAGUGUGUCCGAAACUCCCUCCAGGAACGGUAGGAAUUUGUGUCGAGUUGUGUUCCUCUGACAGUGACUGUCCUAAUGAUCAGAAAUGCUGCAGCAAUGGAUGUGGACAUACGUGUUCAGCUCCAUUUACAGGUAAACCAAAGCCAGGAGUGUGUCCGAAACUCCCUCCAGGAACGGUAGGAGCGUGUGUCGAGUCAUGUUUCUCUGACGGUCAAUGUCCGAAUGAUGAGAAAUGCUGCAGCAAUGGAUGUGGACACAUGUGUACAGCGCCAUUUACAGAUAAACCAAAGCCAGGAGUGUGUCCCAAACUCCCUCCAGGAACGGUAGGACCGUGUGUCGAGUCGUGUUCCUUUGACAGUGACUGUCCGAAUGAUGAGAAAUGCUGCAGGAAUGGAUGUGGUGGACAUGCGUGUACAGCUCCAUUUAAAGAUGAACCAAAGCCAGGAGUGUGUCCCAAACUCCCUCCAGGAACGGUAGGAGCGUGUGCUGAGUGGUGUUCCUCUGACAGUGACUGUCCGAAUGAUGAGAAAUGCUGCAGUAAUGGAUGUGGACAUAUGUGUACAGCGCCAUUUACAGAUAAACCAAAGCCAGGAGUGUGUCCGAAACUCCCUCCAGGAACGGUAGGAAUUUGUGUCGAGUUGUGUUCCUCUGACAGUGACUGUCCGAAUGAUCAGAAAUGCUGCAGCAAUGGAUGUGGACAUACGUGUUCAGCUCCAUUUACAGGUAAACCAAAGCCGGGAGUGUGUCCGAAACUCCCUCCAGGAACGGUAGGAGCGUGUGUCGAGUCAUGUUUCUCUGACGGUCAAUGUCCAAAUGAUGAGAAAUGCUGCAGCAAUGGAUGUGGACACAUGUGUACACCGCCAUUUACAGAUAAACCAAAGCCAGGAGUGUGUCCGAAACUCCCUCCAGGAACGGUAGGAAUUUGUGUCGAGUCGUGUUCCUCUGACAGUGACUGUCCAAAUGAUGAGAAAUGCUGCAGUAAUGGAUGUGGACAUACGUGUUCAGCUCCAUUUAAAGAUAAACCAAAGCCAGGAGUGUGUCCAAACAAUAUCCCUGAAGCAGAAAGAAAAUGUUCCGAGGCGUGUUCCCAAGACAGUGAUUGUCCGAAAGAUGAGAAAUGCUGCAGCAAUGGGUGUGGGCAUCAGUGUAGGGCUCCAUAUAAAGCAAAGCCAGGAGUGUGUCCAGUUAUACCCCUUGGAGAUGUGUGUAAGAAUUCAUGCGACGAUGACAGUGACUGUCCAACCAUUGAGAAAUGCUGCAGCAAUGCAUGUGGACGUCAGUGUUGGGCUCCAAUCAUAGAUAAACCAAAGCCAGGAGUGUGUCCGAAACUCCCUCCAGGAACGGUAGGACUGUGUGUCGAGUCGUGUUCCUUUGACAGUGACUGUCCGAAUGAUGAGAAAUGCUGCAGGAAUGGAUGUGGUGGACAUGCGUGUACAGCUCCAUUUAAAGAUGAACCAAAGCCAGGAGUGUGUCCCAAACUCCCUCCAGGAACGGUAGGACUGUGUGUCGAGUCGUGUUUCUCUGACAGUGACUGUCCAAAAGAUGAGAAAUGCUGCAGUAAUGGAUGUGGACAUGUGUGUUCAGCUCCAUUUACAGGUAAACCAAAGCCAGGAGUGUGUCCGAAACUCCCUCCAGGAACGGUAGGAGCGUGUGUCGAGUCAUGUUUCUCUGACGGUCAAUGUCCGAAUGAUGAGAAAUGCUGCAGCAAUGGAUGUGGACACAUGUGUACACCGCCAUUUACAGAUAAACCAAAGCCAGGAGUGUGUCCAAAACUCCCUCCAGGAACGGUAGGAAUUUGUGUCGAGUUGUGUUCCUCUGACAGUGACUGUCCUAAUGAUCAGAAAUGCUGCAGCAAUGGAUGUGGACAUACGUGUUCAGCUCCUUUUACAGGUAAACCAAAGCCGGGAGUGUGUCCGAAACUCCCUCCAGGAACGGUAGGAGCGUGUGUCGAGUCAUGUUUCUCUGACGGUCAAUGUCCGAAUGAUGAGAAAUGCUGCAGUAAUGGAUGUGGACACAUGUGUACACCGCCAUUUACAGAUAAACCAAAGCCAGGACUGUGUCCGAAACUCCCUCCAGGAACGGUAGGAAUUUGUGUCGAGUUGUGUUCCUCUGACAGUGACUGUCCAAAAGAUGAGAAAUGCUGCAGCAAUGGAUGUGGACAUGCGUGUUCAGCUCCAUUUAAAGAUAAACCAAAGCCAGGAGUGUGUCCAAACAAUAUCCCUGAAGCAGAAAGAAAAUGUUCCGAGGCGUGUUCCCAAGACAGUGAUUGUCCGAAAGAUGAGAAAUGCUGCAGUAAUGGGUGUGGGCAUCAGUGUAGGGCUCCAUAUAAAGCAAAGCCAGGAGUGUGUCCAGUUAUACCCCUUGGAGAUGUGUGUAAGAAUUCAUGCGACGAUGACAGUGACUGUCCAACCAUUGAGAAAUGCUGCAGCAAUGCAUGUGGACGUCAGUGUUGGGCUCCAAUCAUAGAUAAACCAAAGCCAGGAGUGUGUCCGAAACUCCCUCCAGGAACGGUAGGAAUUUGUGUCGAGUUGUGUUCCUCUGACAGUGACUGUCCGAAUGAUCAGAAAUGCUGCAGUAAUGGAUGUGGACAUACUUGUUCAGCUCCAUUUACAGAUAAACCAAAGCCAGGAGUGUGUCCAAACAAUAUCCCUGAAGCAGAAAGAAAAUGUUCCGAGGCGUGUUCCCAAGACAGUGAUUGUCCGAAAGAUGAGAAAUGCUGCAGCAAUGGGUGUGGGCGUCAGUGUAGGGCUCCAUAUACAGCAAAGCCAGGAGUGUGUCCCGUUAUACCCCUUGGAGGAGUGUGUAAGGAUUCAUGCGUCGAUGACAGUGACUGUGCGGACAAAGACAAAUGCUGCAGCAAUGCAUGUGGACGUCAGUGUUGGCCUCCAACCAUAGUUAAACCAAAGCCAGGAGUGUGUCCAAGCAAACUCGGUGCAAUUACAGAGUGUGACAAGCCAUGCUCCUCUGACAGUGACUGUCCGGGCAAAGACAAAUGCUGCAGCACUAGAUGUGGACGACAAUGUGUGACGCCUGGUAGAUGUUUGGGACCGCGUUCGCCUCUUUGCCGAGAAGUAGAUCCAUGAUGGCCAAUGUCCUGCCAGACAGAAGUGUUACCCGACCACCUGUGGCCAUGCUUGCAGUUAACAGUGCUGAUGAUUUAGCCUUUGGAAAGAAUCCUCUGAGAUUGAUUUUCGGAUUAUGUACUGUACUUGAGGAAUUCUCAGCAAAUAAAAAUGUUUAGU